CCAAGUUGCCAUUUGACGCUCCAACAUUGCGUUCCCGUCGAUAGAGUUGUUUGCAAAAAAUUUCCAACAAGUUGCAUCACCAAUUUCUAAUUAUUGGUUUUCUGGUUGGUUUGAAAAACUGUGCAAAAUACUUUUUUCAGUUGCAGAGAUAUUAGUUCAUAUUUUUAAAUAGCACCUUCAUUAUUGCCCAUCCAAUUAAAAAGUGGGUUCAAACAACACAACAAUUUGUAACAACUAUUCAACAGCCGUUUCUCACAACCCAACUUCCAGUUGAAAUUUCGACUCAGUUGACAGAAUUAAUUUGAAGUUUCUUCUUGCACCUUCAAUAUUGUUGUCGGUAAAGUUACUACUUGUUUCGUGAUUUUGUUGUGAGAUUUGUCGCAUGCAAGGGUUUGUCGUGUCGUGUGAUGUCGUCCCUACUAGCCGCUGCUUCACUUACGCGUGUGUCUGAUGCAUCAUUGCACGACAGCGCGCAAAAACAACAGAAUCAGGCUGUGGCUCUACUGGCUCGCCAUCAGCCCAGGGUAUGUUCGCUUUUGGACAAGUACUUACAUCAUGGAUUCAAGUUCAAGAAUUGGUUGCCAAAUGUUCUUCCCACCACUCCUUUCCAGAUCUCUGACUCCGAGAAAGACAUCAUGGGAUCUGUUGUCUACUGUAUUCAUCACAAAGAAGGAUGCAAAUGGAAUGACCAGCUCAGAAAAUUAAAGGGCCACCUGAACACAUGCAAGUACGACACGACGCCAUGCACGAACAAGUGCGGCGCACAGAUCCCGCGCGUGCUGAUGGAGGACCACCUCAAGUACACGUGCGUGGAGCGACGCGCGCACUGCGAAUUCUGCGCGCUGGAGCUGAGUGGCGGCGCGCUUGAGGCGCACAUGGGCACCUGCCCCAUGGAGCCGCUCUACUGCGAGAACAAGUGCGGCAUGAAGCUGCAUCGGCGUCAGCUGUCCAAGCACAAGGCCACAGAGUGCACCAAGCGCCUCGUCCCUUGCAGGUACUGUUCACAGAGCUUCCUGGCGGACACUCUCCAGGCACAUCACACCAAGUGCGCGCGUGCGCCCGUCCCCUGUCCCCACCGCUGCGAGUUGGCCAUUGUCCCCCGCGAGGAGCUCGACUCCCACCUCAAGGACCAUUGUGCCUCCCUCCUCACGCCCUGUGUCUUCAAAGAGGCCGGAUGCAGGUUCAAGGGUUUGAGAGGAAGCGCAAUGGAGAGACACCUCGAAGAGUGCAGCCAACAGCAUCUUGUUCUGAUGUGCUCAUUAGUCACCAAACAACAACACCAGAUAACCAGUCUGAAAAGUGCAAUAUCAAGAUUAUCUCUAAAUCAUUCCGGUACCCUAGUUUGGAAAAUCGGCGACUACACAUCGAAGCUAGCCGAGGCGCGCAGCAAAGAGGGAAUGGAACUAGUGAGUCCGCCCUGGUACACUAGUCAGUUUGGCUACAAACUGCAGGCCUCUCUCUUCCUGAACGGGAACGGUGCUGGAGAGGGGUCGCACAUCUCGCUCUACAUCAAAAUUCUGCCCGGCGAGUUCGAUGCUCUGCUCAGGUGGCCGUUCGCUCACUCCGUCGCUUUUACGCUCUUUGACCAGAGUGAGAAGGCCUGCAACAUUGUGGAGAGCUUUGUGCCCGAUCCCACGUGGGAGAACUUCCAGCGACCAAGCAAGGAACCAGACUCACUUGGAUUCGGAUUUCCCAGAUUUGUGUCUCAUGAGACUCUCAAGAAAAGAAGUUUCCUACGUGAUGACACUCUCUUCAUCAGAGUCAAAGUGGAUCCCAGCAAAAUUGUUGCUGUUUAGAAUAGAAUUGUUAUUUUUAACAAGAUUUACAUAGCAAUGAUAUCAGUUCUUGUGGUAUGGGCAUUGAACUUUCUCAGCUCAUUAAUUGUUGUUUAUUGACAACGGAUUUAUUAUCAUAAAUAUAAUACGUACAGUAGGUACGUGUAUAAUUUAUGUGUAUAAUUUAUGUCCGUUGGAUAAAUUGAUAUUGACGUAAUCAUCAGGGACUGAUUCAAAAAAUUGCCUUGACACAUUUGCUAAAAAAAAUCAUGAAUAAUACAUGCAGUAAGUAAGAUAAAUAAUAAUCUGAAAUUAAAUUUUCGGUGUUCUAGUAGAAAGGACUACCGUACCAAGAAAAUUAUCCAUCCCUUGAAGGAAUGAAGUCCAAUGCCCUUAUAAACGACACUGAUAUCAUUUAGUCAAAGUAUUUUUAUUCCAAUGAAUCUCAAGUCUACAAUGUAUCGAUAGUAUAUCGAUUUAGUCAUAAAGAAAGUGAACAUUCUCAAAAUUAGUCAUACUUUUGUACAGUUUGAUUUAUUUGUUUAGUUAUCUUAUUAGGUUGCAUAUAUGAUGAGUUGUAGUUGAUUCCAACUCAAUUAUAAUAACUUUGCACGUUAAUGGGUCUCAUGUAAUUGAAUAUUGUCUUAUUUCGAGCUUGUAAAUAAUUGUCCAUUUGUACAAAUGUAAAAUGCAUUGCUUUACGGUACUAUAAUAUUAAACACACAAUUGAAGUAGAUAAUAGUUGAAAAAUUUCAUUGGUAUAAUAUUCGAAUCAUAUAAAUUGAGUAGACUCAUAUUUUAAGGUGGCUGGUAUAACAGCAAUUCAUUAACUAGAGAUGCCCACGGUAUGCUUAUUUCCAUUUAUAUGAAAGUAUUUUAUAACUUAAUAUUGUCUAUUAUUCAUAUUUUAUAUUUUGUAACUAUUCUCAUCUGAAUAGAUUAAAAUAGUAACUGUUAAUUAUGAAUUUAUUCAUUUUAUAAUAAUAUUUAUUCAACCAAUGAAUAAAUCACUAUUACUUUUUCUGACAUGUGAAAUACCACAUAAAUUAUAUUGUAUUAAUUUGACUCCGAUUCUUCUUGUUUAUCUAUCAUAUUGUUUUCAAUUAUACAAUAUUAAAUAUUAGUUAUGUAUUGAUUGUAACUUAUUUGAUAGUUGAUAACUGCGUAACUUUAACAGAAAUACUUGGAAAAUAUUAUGAUCCAUUACCCCUUUUCUACUGUUCUCUUUGUUAAUAACAAAUUAUCAAUCAUUAUUAUCACAGUCAUUCAAUUAAAUUAUGCACAUCUUAUUUGUAAGGAAGUCUGAAUAAUUGUUAUACUGCAGUUACAGAUGCAAAACUGAUAUAGCUAGAAACCAAAGUGCUCUUGUAAAAUAUGGAUGUAAAAAUAAAAUGUGAAGUUUUUUAUUUAAA